GUAUAGUCUAGUGAUUAGACCCAUUGGCGCCGCCACGAGUUUUUUCCGCGACUUGCGGUAUCGUAAUGUAAAGGUGAAUUCGGUGGAUUUACCGGGCGCGUGAUCAUUAUAGUUUACUCGUGUUUUGUUUCAUUCAAACGAUUGAAGUUGGUUGAAUAUAACAGUUAUAAUCCAAUCAUUAAUGUCUGCCCAGAGUUAAAAUUGGUCAAGGAGCUAUGGUGUGUAAAGAAAUUAAGGUGAAGGGUCAAGUAAUUAUUGGUUCUUCCACUAUAGUUCAUCCUGGUGUUACAAUUAUAGCUGAAGCUGGACCCAUUGAAAUAGGUGAAAGUAAUAUUAUUGAAGAAUACAUCACCAUCAUUCAUAAAUUUCAACCAGGUUAUGAAAAAUCUGAACCUAAAACUUUAAAAAUAGGAUCUAGUAAUGUGUUUGAAGUUUAUUCAACAGUUGAAGGAGUAAAUAGCAUUGGAGAUAAUAAUAUCUUUGAAUCUAAAAGUUAUGUUGGUCGAAAUAUUAAUAUUGGAAAUGAUUGUGUAGUUGGAGCUGGUUGUCGUUUAACAUCUACUGUACCAGUUGAGGAUGGGAUUUGUAUUUAUGGAAAGAAUUGUAUUCGACAAAAGGCUUACUGCAAACCUUCAGUACCAAGUGGUCAUCGAGAAUUUUUGAUGAAAUUACUACCUAGUUACCAUCUAUUGAAGAAAAAUAGAAGUACUACUGAAGGAAGUUAAAGCUACGUACACUUAAACUAUGUUAUUUUUAUUAACCAACUUAUUUUGUAUAUAAACAUAGUAUUAAUUAAAUAUACAACUAAAUUAGUUUAGCUGGAAGAAUAUAUUUUUGUUAACUAUUUUAAUAGAAUUUAUGGAGAAACAGUUAUUUACAUAAUUUGCAUAAAAAAUAAUAAUACAAGAAUGUUUGAUACUUUUUUUA